GUCCAAACGCCACUCAAGAUUCCACAGCACAUACAACAGACUGGCCUCGGCUCCACGAACGAGCGCCGAACGGCGCAGUUCCAGGCUCUUGUCUCUCGGACAGCAUCGCUGCGACUCGAAGUUUCACGUAAACAAGAAUGUGUUGUCUCUUUCUGGAAAAAAUGAAAAAUGAAUAGAGUUGAAUGUCAAAUAAAGUUUGGAAAGUUAAUAAAACCAGUCAAAGAUGAGUGGACUUGGAGAGAGCAGUCUUGGAUCAAAUGUCCAAAUAGCUGCAAUGAACAAUGCUAUUUCACCACUGCUUUCACAUUCUCUACAAGUUGCUCAAAUUCAAUCAUCCAACGGUGACACUGACAAGCAGUUACCAAUAACUCCUGAAAUAUCUCCAAACAAUGAGAGUAUCACAAAUUCACAAAGAGUCUGGACAAGUCUUGUGGCAGGAGCUGUGGCUGGAGGAGCAGCUAAAACUUCAAUAGCACCUUUAGAUAGAACAAAAAUUAAUUUUCAGACAUCACAGAAGCCUUUUUCUACUAAAGCUGCAGCUGAUUUUUUAAUUCAAUCCUACAGACGAGAUGGCCUGUUAAGUCUUUGGCGAGGAAAUAGUGCUACCAUGGUCAGAAUUGUGCCAUAUGCUGCCAUUCAAUUUACAGCUUACGAACAGUGGAAAAGGAUUCUAAAAGUUGAUAAACCUGAAGCAAACAAAGAGAAAAGGUUUCUGGCAGGUGCUUUAGCAGGUACUACAUCUCAAGCUUUAACUUACCCCUUAGAUUUGGCAAGAGCUCAAAUGGCUGUUACACAAAAAGAUGAAUUCAAAAAUCUGAGACAUGUCUUCAUUCGAAUUUAUCAAACAGAAGGCAUAAUAGCUUUUUAUCAUGGCUUUACUCCAACAAUAUUAGGAGUUAUACCCUAUGCUGGUUGCAGCUUCUUUUUCUAUGACACAAUAAAAAAUUUGUUUGCUGUAUAUACAGUGAAUAGUCCUGGAUUGAAUGCAAUGUCUGGUCUUUUAUCUGGUGCAAUAGCAGGAAUGAUUGGUCAAGCUAGUAGUUAUCCUUUAGAUAUAGUACGCAGAAGAAUGCAAACCUCUUCGCUCAAAAAUCAACAAUCACUUGGCGUUAUUGCCAUGACGAAAAAAAUUUACGCCGAAGAUGGUGUCAUGUCUUUCUACAAAGGUUUAAGCCUGAAUUGGGUGAAAGGUCCUAUUGCUGUUGGAAUUAGUUUUGCUACUUACGAUUUGGUAAAGGAUUUACUUAGAAAAAUUUUGUGUUAAUUGUACAGCGACAUGUGAUGAAGUAAUCAUUAACAUGAUUCAUAAUGGCUAUUUUUUAUUUUAUGUACCAUUUGUAUUAAAAUAUUAGUUUAAAUUUCAAUAUUUAUGAAAUUUAACUAUUAGUUCUACAAAUUCAAAUCAGGUAUGAUCAUUAAUUCAGUGUAAUAUUGUUUAUAGAUUUUUAAAUCUUUCCGAAUUUUUGAUUUAUUGAAAUCUUUUAUCAAAAAUUAUUUAGAACAGAUUUCAAAAUCUUUGUUUUUUAUAUCUAUAAUAGAUUAUUUAGAGUUUAUAUUGAUUACGUCUAUACAUAUAAGCUCGUGGAUAUGUAAUUAUUUUUGAAUACUGUUUUUAUACAAGGAAGUUAUUUGAUCGAGGAAAAAUUGUUGAAUGGUGUACAUUAGGAGCGUGCGUGCUCUUGAUAAAUUGUUAUAUAAUGUUAUAGUAACAAGUCAAUUCAAUUGUAAAAAUUGCAUGUUUACUCUUAACUAAUUUUUGCUAUUUGCUUUUCUAUUUAAAGAAAUGCUUGUUUUUUAUUUCUAAGUCUGUUUAUGUUAUUUUUCAUUAAUGGUCUAAUAUAUGUGAUUUUUUAAUAUAACAAACAGCUUUUUUAGUUCAGGAUACUCUUACUAUUUAAAGUUAUAAAAUUUAAUGUCAAUUUCUUUCAAUUUUACAUAUAAUGUGCAAUAUUGACAAUGAUUUUUUUACAAAAUAAGUUUACUUAAUCCUAAAAGAAUUUUAUACAAUAUAAUGUUCUCGACUUCUAUAUCACCCGAUCUUAUCUUUCCUGCUUUCAACUUAAGUAACAAAAAAUUGUGCAGAUCUAACCAUAGUGGAAAACUACUAUUAGAAUGUAUUAAAAAU